CUAAAACUCUUGCCCCCGUACUCCACCACAUCCAGCCGCCGCAAACCCUAAAUCCUUUCACCCCAAGAGACUGGCACACGGGCUGCGAGGGGCGAGGGCGACCGACGCCGCGUCACCGUUUGUCCGCCGUGGUCUGGGCUUCGCUCUGAGUGCGCUUGCACUUGGUCCCGAUCAGAUCUGCGGUGCACUAGAAAAUGAGAAAAGGGGGCGGUGAAUCAUCUAAACUUCCAUGGCGAACUGUGGUACUGAUGAAGGUGCCGUGGGGCUUUGCUUUCUUCGACGUCGACACUAGCAUAUUUCGCAUGCCAGUGAACAUGAUCUGGGCGCAUUUUACCCACGAAUACGCUACUGACAGGGUUGUGUACUUUCUUGACCUCAUAAAGUGUGAUGGCAAGUCUGCUCUGUGGUCUAGCAGUAGUUGUGGUGAUGGUGUGAGUUUUGUUGAUUUGGUUAAGGAAUACUCCUCCAGAGCAAGACGGUUCAUUGUCGAGGAUGAAGAGCUUCGUGAGCGCAUCAAGUCCGAUCUGCACAUUGAAUCCAUCAAUGGAGAGGAGGAUGCACUUCGUGAAGUGGCGUGGGGUUUAAGGAGUGGGCUGCCUUUUAUUAUUUCUGAAUUUUUGUAUGAUGUCACUAUCAGUCCUCAGCGCCAUCUCCCAUUAUGCCAAGGAUUUGAAGUCUUCAUGAAGAAAUAUCAAAUCGAUAUUCCUACAGAAGCUGUUGAUGAAGACUUUCUAACCCGUGCUGGUACAUUGCAACGAAUUGAUGAACUGAUUUUGUAUCGCUGCACUGAGAUGCGUGAGGUAUGUUCCAAGCUGGUUCCCGGUAUUAGUGGAAUGAUCAAGGAUAACUUUCGCUAUGUUGAAGUUAUGGCAAAGAUUCUGACCCCUUGGUUGGUUGGUGAAGAAUGGGAUUCAUCCAAGUGGUCCACUGCUGGUGAGCCGUGGUUCACUCCUGAUGAGAUGCAGAAGAUAGUGGCUAAAGAUGCUGCAGCAGAUGAUGCACGGGAAAAGGUUAAGGGUGAUCAUAAGGUGGCUGCUAUGAUAGAGGCCAACCUUGAUGACUACAGGUGUCUCACUAAAUCUCAUGGUAUUGUUCUUCAGAAAGUCAGGUCUUGUUAUGAAGCAAAGGUCAAGAGAGGGCAAAAGAGGAGCCACACAGAGAUGGCUGAAGAGGAGGUUGUUGAGGCGGUGGCUGAGUGCAGGAAGGGACAAGAUGGUGCUGACUCCACUGAAGAGAAGUGGAGUCCUUCCAAUGGCAGUAGCAAGACAGAGAUUUCUCAUUUCUGAUAAUCAGCUGUUCGUGUAUGCUUAAGCUGCCAGUGUGUUGCUAGUAUCUUACUACUAUGUUUAAGCUCAGUUCUGGAACCAAUGUAUUGUAUCAUGCUACAUUGUGUUAUGUGUGCUCCUAUAUUAAUUGGGAUCUGUAUUAACUUCAUGCCACAUUAUGUUAUGUACUAUAUUAAUUCGGAUCUGAAACCUAUGUAUAUCAACUUAUGUC